AUGCAUUUUCCAGAAGUGACGGAAUCGGAGCGAGAUACAUUUUAUCUGACAAUGCUGGCAUCAAUCGAAGUCGGCCAUCACAAGGGUAACGACGUUCUCGUCCAAGCAAUGAACAAGGUGUUGUCAAUGUACAAAAAUCACGAAGAAAUUAUCGUACCGCAAACGGUGCUCAUGGAAGUUUCAUUUCGCGGGAUUCAUGUCAUCGACAAACGGAGGAAGAACUUCUUCCAAUGUCCGACAUUCGACUUCUUCUACAGCCUUCAAAAUAUUUCAUUUUGUGGAGCUCAUCCGAAACAGCUCAAAUACUUUGGAUUCAUAACGAAACAUCCGUUGCUACCACGAUUCGCCUGUCAUGUAUUCCUCUCCAGCAGUUCUACACAGCCUAUUGUUGAAUCGAUAGGGCACUCCGAUGAGGUUCUUCUUGAUAUAGGAGAUGCAGUACACGUGGAUAGAACUUGUGAGGACCACUGGUGUUAUGGUACCAAUCUUCGAACGGGUAUGACAGGAAUUUUCCCUUCAGCUGUUGUAUGUGAGAUCGAUAUCGUUGAGGAGAUUUGCAUGGGCGCUUUGCCUUCCAACGCUUCAAAAGUGACGGAAUCGGAGCGAGAUACAUUUUAUCUGACAAUGCUGGCAUCAAUCGAAGUCGGCCAUCACAAGGGUAACGACGUUCUCGUCCAAGCAAUGAACAAGGUGUUGUCAAUGUACAAAAAUCACGAAGAAAUUAUCGUACCGCAAACGGUGCUCAUGGAAGUUUCAUUUCGCGGGAUUCAUGUCAUCGACAAACGGAGGAAGAACUUCUUCCAAUGUCCGACAUUCGACUUCUUCUACAGCCUUCAAAAUAUUUCAUUUUGUGGAGCUCAUCCGAAACAGCUCAAAUACUUUGGAUUCAUAACGAAACAUCCGUUGCUACCACGAUUCGCCUGUCAUGUAUUCCUCUCCAGCAGUUCUACACAGCCUAUUGUUGAAUCGAUAGGGUGA